UCAAAGAGCGAGCAAAACCAAGUAAAAGUUGUAGCUACGGUCCUAACCCUCCACAAUAGUUCUCAAUGUCCGUAACAUUCUCUCCCACUCACUCACUAUUCGCUCCUCCAACUCUGCCAUUCAAAUCCUCCAACUCCACCAAUUCCUCAAUAUUUGCAAUUUUCAGCUUCAAAUGCCAAAAGCAUGUAAUCCCAGGAAAUGGGAAGUCGGGUUCCCUCCGCAAAGGAAACAGAUCCCCAGAAUUGAAAUUGAAAUCUUCUGACCAAGAAAUGGAAACCCAAGAUUCCGCUGAAACUGCUGAGAUUAGUGUUGGCCUUAGCAGCAGCAGCAGCCCUUCUACCAGUUUACUGUCUUUUCUUUGCCCCUUGCUUAAACUCUUUUCAGGAGGAGACCCCUCAAGCAAAAGAAACUAUUUAUUGGAGGAAGCAACAUCCAGACUUUCUACCUUGGCAAGACUUCCAUGGGGUUCAAGAGCACAAUAUGGUAAAUUAGGUAGUAAAGAUGGUACUAAAGUUAAUCCUCCAAUGCACCUGCAGAUCUUUGAAUUUGAGGCGUGCCCAUUUUGCAGAAGGGUUAGAGAGGCAAUGACCGAACUUGAUCUAUCUGCAGAAAUUUAUCCAUGUCCAAAGGGAUCGGUAAGACACCGAGAAAUGGUUCGAAGAUUGGGAGGCAAAGAACAGUUCCCGUUCCUUGUGGACCCAAAUACUGGAACUUCACUCUAUGAAAGUGGUGAUAUUGUUAAAUAUUUAUUUCAGCAAUAUGAUCAAGGAAGGAAUCCAUCUACUGGCCUCUUGGAAAGUACCAUCAUAACAGGAUGGAUGCCAACUCUUCUUCGAGCAGGAAGAGGAAUGACAUUAUGGGAUAGAUCCAGGAAAGAGCCACCGCCUAAAAAGCUGGAACUCUUCUCAUAUGAGAAUAAUCCUUAUGCUCGGAUAGUGCGUGAAGCACUUUGUGAACUGGAGCUUCCUUACAUACUGAAUAAUGUAGCUGAAGGAUCAGCACGUGAAGAGUUACUCAUAAAAAUAUCUGGUGGAAAGGAGGUACCUUACCUUGUUGAUCCAAAUACAGGCACACAAAUUGGCGACUACAAGAAGAUAAUAUCAUACUUGUUUCAGACCUAUUCUUUGGAUGCUCUAUAGUUGCAUGGUUGUUGUAACUGAUAAAUGGCUCUCUGACUUUUCUUAUGUAUUACCUGUACUGUAUAAAUGAUUGAUGAUUAAUUAUUCCAAUGAUUAUAAAUUUUCUUGGAACAUGAGAAAUU